UCUCCCAUUGUGACGUCACGGGCCCCGGCGACCAAUCGGUGGCGGGAGGUCCGGAAGCAUGGCGAGAGAUCCUUUUGGAACUCCGGGACAAACUGUCUGCCCUUCCCCUCGGGACUCCCAGGCCCGGCUUGGGCCCGAGACCGCAGGGCCGGAGCCCUGACCCCUGGAUGAAGAAACUGAGGCCCGGAGAAGUGACGUGACUCGCCAGCCAGUGCCCGAGGCGGGACUUGAACCCCGGUCUCCCCGGCCGCCGGUCCUGCGCUUGCUGCCCCACGCCAGGCCAUGAGCCGGCACAGCCGGCUGCAGAAGCAGGUCCUCGGCCUGUACCGCGAGCUGCUGCGCGCCGCCCGGGGAAAGCCGGGCGCCGAGGCCAGGGUCCGAGCCGAGUUCCGGGAGCAGGCGCGCCUGCCGCGCACCGACGUUCUGCGCAUCGAGUACCUUUACCGGCGCGGCCGGCGCCAGCUGGAGCAGCUGCGGGGCCGCCACACCACGGGCGUGGGCGUCUUCGUGCCCGCGCCGGAGCCCGCGCCCGAGCCCGGCCCGGGGAGCCCCGAGACCCGCCCGGACCCGGACCCUCCAGACAGGACCACCUGUCAGGGCGCACGCGCAGACUCUGGGCACGCUGCCCCGGCCGCCCCGUCCGGGCUCCCGCGCUAGGCUGCCCUGCCCCCGCCCGCGCCCCGCGGCACCCACGGAAAAGGAGGCCGAGCCCCGGAGGCCCCUACGGGGCUGGAGCUCACUGGUGGGCCGGGCCCCCCUGGAGCCCAGUCUGCUCUGAGGUCCCGGGCCCUUGAGCCCACUUCUGGGGCAGCUGUUCUCCCCCCGCCCCCAAUAAAGCAACCCCAUUUGCUAAGA